AUGCCCCCAAUGCCUCCAUUUGCUCCAUUCCAGUUCAGAGGAAGUUCUAACUAUCGUGGCUCGCGUCCUAAUCCGCGACAUGAGUUCACUUUCCGCUACCAGAAACCUGCCACCUCGGAGCGACCGUUGUUAUCCUCGAAGAGGGAAACCACACCCGAGCGGCUUCAGGGUGAGACUGAGACGAAAUCUAAACUCAAAUUUGCCGCUCUUUCUACUUUGAGCGACAGUGAUGAGGCAGAGAUGGACAUGUCCGAUGACUCUGAUGCCGAGCGACCACGUAAGAAACGUGCGAUUGCUCUCGAUGGGCCUCAAGAAACUGCUCUAGCCCCUCCUGCCCCGAAAUGGUCAAACCCCGAUCCCUACACCGCGCUACCUCCUCCGGCCGAAACUACAAACAAAAGGGUGGAUGUUGUCAAGCUGAUUCGCAAGGCGAGACUUGAAGUUGCUGCAAAGACAGACGAGACGGACGCAGUCAAGCAAAACUCGGACUUCAUUUCUCUUGGCAUGGCUUUCGAACCAGAAGUUCCACAGAGCAACGCUCCUGAUAACGCUCCCAAAGGGCCAAAGGCUCAAGAUGCUCUAGAUCCCGCUAUUACGAGUCGAAAGCGAACCCGUGACGAUGAGAUCAAAGGGUACUCUCGAAAGAGCGGAAAGCCUGCCAGCAGAUUCAACUACGAUGGUUCCGUUAUCGAUCAAUGGAAACCACUUUCCCCUGAGACAGGCACGCCUUGGUUCGAGGGCACCCCGACUUCCUUGCACGUGGGAACACAGCUGCAUAAUGAGAUUCUCAGCUUCUAUCACUGGGCUAAGCCACAGGAAUUCGAACAUAUCGUCCGUGCAGAUCUUGUCAAUCGAUUGGAGACUGCCUUCCAACAACGCUACCAUAAUGUUUCGAUCCGCGCCUUUGGUUCUUUUGCCUCGGGUCUCUAUCUCCCCACAGCUGACAUUGACCUGGUGCUGCUCUCUCACACCUUCUUACGCACGGGAGUUCGAACAUUUGGAGAGAGGAAGGGCCAAAUCUACGCGUUUUCGGCUUUCCUUAAGAGCACCAAUCUUGCCGUUCCUAACUCGAUCGAAUGCAUUGCCUCCGCCCGGGUACCGAUUCUCAAAUACGUGGACAAGCUGACUGGAUUGCGAGUGGAUUUGUCUUUCGACAAUGACAGUGGCUUGAUCGCCAACGAGACAUUCCAGAAAUGGAAAACACAGUAUCCGAUGAUGCCGGUUAUUCUAGCCGUGAUUAAGCAAUUUUUGUUGAUCCGUGGCCUCAACGAAGUCCCGACUGGUGGACUAGGAGGAUUCUCCAUCACUUGCUUGGUCACAAGUAUUCUCCAGCAUCUGCCCCAGGGCCAUUCGCAGCCAAACCUAGGAGUAGUCUUGGUGGACUUUUUUAAUUUUUAUGGCAAGCAAUUCUGCUAUGAUAAGCUGGCAAUCCGGAUGGACCCUCCAGGCUAUUUCAACAAGGGCUAUUAUUUCGGCAAUCCCGAUCGUCUCUCAAUCGAAGAUCCCAAUAACCGAGACAACGACAUCUCAGGCGGCACAAAGGAAAUUGGGUUGAUUUUCCGAGCAUUUUCUAAUGCCCAUACGGCCCUGAGGAAUCGCAUGGAAUAUCUUGCACUUGUCCAAGGAUCGAACAAGAGCAUUCUCGAACCUAUCAUUGCGGCGAACUUUGAUGAAUAUAUCGAACAACGCUACCAACUACGUCAAGUGUUCAUGGCGGAAGAGAGGUUUGCUCGUUACAGGGAGGCUCUACCUCCGCCUCCACCGCCGGGAUCCCCUCCUCCUAACGGAGCGUCUUCUCCUCCCCCUCCCCCUCCUGCCGACGGAGCAGGCUCUCCUCUGCCAGCGCCCCCAGCUCGCAAGCCUGCCAAAAAGCCCAAGUCAACGUCGAAGGGCACGAAAUCGGAGCCAGAAGAUAUUUCUUCCGAUGAAGCGCCCGGAUCAGAAGCAAAGUCUGCCAAAGCUCGGAAAGGUGAGACAAGACGUCAAGUGUGUCAAGAGCGUGCUGCCCGCCUCAAACGCCUGAGACCUGACCUCCAGAAACUCCCCAAUACCCUCAGCCUCCGCCAGGCUCGUCGCCAUGCAGGGUACGAGACCGAUGAGCAGAUGAACGCGGACCUGGAUAGAAGAGAGCAGGAACUUCUUGCCUCGGCCUAA